AUGCCCGUCUUCACGGAAUUUGCCGCAGCAUCGCGCGAGCUGCGCGUUCUUCCUUCCUUUGCACCUCCGUUGCCACGCCUCGCGCCAAGUAUAAUAUCGGAUGGGACAAACGAAAAGUAUGAAGUCGUGAUUGUCGGUGCCGGCCCGGCGGGACUCAUGUUAGAGCUCCUGCUGGCACGGUAUGGGUUGAGUGACGAGUCUCUACUGUGCGUUGAUGCGAAAGCAACAACCUUGAAAUCCGGACAAGCCGACGGACUUCAGCCUCGCACUCUUGAAACUCUGAAGUCUCUGGGCCUAGCUGACGAAAUUCUCUGCGAAGGCUGUCAGAUGUGGCAGGUCGCGUUCUGGAACCCUUCGAAUGAAAAGGAUAAAAUCAUCGAGCGAACCUCGAUAGUCCCCGAUGUCGCAGUCCCGGCUCGAUACCCCCAUGAAGUCACAAUCCACCAAGGUCGAAUUGAACGGAUCCUGGAAAACGAUCUGCUUCGUUACUCGAAGCGGGGUGUUCAACGCCGCACUAAACUCAUUGAUGUCAAAAUCGAUGAGGCAGGAGAUGCCGAGUAUCCCGUCUUAGUGGAGAUCGAAACUGAAGGCAAGCAACGUACCCUGCGAACGAAAUACUUGGUUGGUGCCGAUGGGGCGCAUUCGGUGGUGCGGCGAUGCAUGGGCCUCAAACUCGAAGGCGAAUCUCUUGAUCACAUUUGGGGUGUGGUGGACUUGGUUGUUGACACAGAUUUCCCGGAUAUCAGAAGGCGUUGCGCUAUUCAUUCUCCUGCAGGUUCGGUCAUGGUUAUCCCCCGGGAGCGAAUUGCGACCGGCGAUUACUUGACACGAUUAUACGUACAAGUUCCAGGUGAUGUCAAUCCUGAUAACGACCAGCAAAUUGGGGAAGGCUCGAAUGCAUCUUCCGCUGAUGCGAGGGCUCGUCGAAGCCAAGUCACUGAACAAACCAUCUUUGAAAAUGCAGCGGCAGCAUUUAAGCCGUACUAUAUUCGCCCCAAGAAGGAUGGGGCUGUAGAUUGGUGGGCAGCUUACCAGAUUGGCCAACGUGUCACGGACAACUUUUCAGUCAAAGACUCUAGAGGAAUAAACCGUGUGUUUAUUGCUGGAGAUGCUUGCCACACACAUAGUCCGAAGGCAGGGCAGGGCAUGAAUGUGUCCAUGAUGGACGCAUACAAUCUGGCCUGGAAGCUAGCAUAUUCUAUCCAUGGGCUCACACCAAAGGGCUCCACGACAGAACCGGAUCCCAUUCUGGAUACCUAUCACAAGGAACGUCACACUAUCGCACAGGAGCUUAUCAAAUUCGACCGAGAUUUCUCUUCGAUGUUCUCGGGGAAGAUUGGUAUUUCUGAGGAUGGCGCAGGAGGAUUAACUCAUGAGGAGUUUCUUGAAGUAUUUAGCCGUGGCAAUGGUUUCACAAGUGGCUGUGGGAUUGAAUAUCCCGAAAACAUGACUGUUGAUCGUACCUUGGGGGACAGUCAAAACCCAAUAACAGGCACGGACUAUUUAUCAGGAAUUUUACGGCCAGGACGAAGAAUUCUCAAUGUGCGUCUGGUCCGACAUGCGGAUGGCUAUCGUCGUGACCUGCAUGAUGACCUUGCUUCAACCGGUCGUUUCCGGAUACUUUGCCUAACCUCUUCAGAUUUGUUGGAUUGGCAAGGCGUUUCCUCUCAAUCACUUACUGAACUUGGCACCAUCCUCAAUCACUUCCCCACUUCGAUACUGGAACAACUGGUCAUCCAUCCCAGGCUCCCACGAGAGUUUAUGUGGAAUGAUAUCCCACAUGAAAUAAAGAAAUCCUCGGAAAUGACAUUCUAUAGUGGAUACGAGAUGGAUGAUGUCUACGGCAUUUACGGUGUUGAUCCGGCCAAGGGUGCACUGGCAGUGGUCAGACCGGAUGGAUAUGUCGGAGUGAUCGCAGAGUUGAAAGAUACAAGCCGAGUGGAAAGCUACUUGAAGAGCUUGAUUCGCACAAUCUAG